GGGUGACGCUUGCGUCUUUUGACAUUGUCUGUAGUGAUUAGUGACUGUUAGUGACGCGUUUUUGUUUAUAGUUAGCCAAUUGUUUAGUGUUUCUCUGCGUUUAAGUGUGGAUAAGUGGUGAAAUGUUAUAGUGACUAGGAUUUUACAGUUUUAUUAGAGAAAAUGACUUGGGGAUUCGUAACUUGUGGACCAAACGAAGCUCUAGUUAUUUCAGGAUGCUGUUACAGCAAGCCCCAUUUAGUGCCUGGCGGCCGAGCCUUCAUAUGGCCGGGCAUUCAAAGAAUCCAAAGAAUCUCCCUAAACACCAUGACCCUAAUCGUGGACAGUCCGACAGUGUACACGAGCCAAGGUGUCCCGAUUUCCGUCACGGGAAUCGCACAAGUGAAGAUUCAGGGACAAAAUGAAGAAAUGCUCUCCGCAGCUUGCGAGCAAUUCUUGGGCAAAUCGGCGAACGAAAUCGAGCACAUUGCCCUGGUCACUCUGGAGGGACACCAAAGGGCCAUGAUGGGAUCGAUGACUGUCGAAGAAAUCUACAAAGACCGCAAAAAGUUCAGUAAGCAAGUGUUUGAAGUGGCGUCGUCUGACCUGGUCAAUAUGGGCAUCACUGUGGUGUCGUACACGAUCAAAGAUAUCCGAGAUGAAGAGGGCGCCAAGGGAUACUUGAAAAGCCUGGGGAUGGCGCGGACGGCCGAAGUGAAACGCGACGCCCGCAUAGGUGAAGCUGAAGCGCGAGCCGACGCGGCCAUCAAAGAAGCCAUCGCUGAAGAACAGCGAAUGGCUUCAGUCUUUCUCAACGACACCGAAAUUGCCAAAGCCCGGCGCGAUUUCGAACUGAAAAAGGCCGCUUACGAUGUGGAAGUGCAGACGAAAAACGCCGAAGCCGAAAUGGCUUAUGAGCUGCAAGCAGCCAAAACCAAGCAAAAGAUCAAGGAGGAGGAAAUGCAGAUUAUGGUGGUGGAACGAUCGCAACAAAUCCUUGUGCAGGAGCAGGAAAUUGCGCGGCGCGAGCGCGAACUGGAGGCAACAGUGCGACGUCCGGCCGAAGCUGAGAAAUUCCGACUGGAAAAAAUUGCGGAAGCUAACCGCAAAAAGGUCCUCGUAGAAGCUGAAGCUGAAGCAGAGGCCGUGAGGCUGAAGGGCGAAGCUGAGGCGUUCGCCAUUCAGGCCAAAGCCAAGGCUGAAGCUGAGCAAAUGGCCAAAAAAGCCGAGGCCUGGAAGGAGUACAAGGAGGCUGCAAUGAUUGACAUGUUUUUAGAGGUUUUACCCAAGGUGGCGGCGGAAGUGGCUGCGCCACUCUCUCAAGCCAAGAAGAUUACGAUGAUCUCAACCGGCAAUGGAGAAGUUGGAGCCUCUAAGUUAACAGGCGAAGUGCUGGACAUUGUUAACAAAGUGCCCGAGCUGGUUAAGGCGAUGACUGGCGUCGAUAUUGCCAAGGUCAUAGACAAAUCGCAGAAAAACAAGGGCGAUUUCUGAACAUUUUGCGCUCACAUUCCCUUAGUUGCCCUAAAAUCAAUCCUAUGAAGGAUUGAGGCUUGAAAGUUUGUGUGUGGUUUUUAACUUUGUCAUUUCUUGUCAGGUGCAAUAUCUGUGAAAUUUAAGCCCUUUCUGUGAGAUGUUUCAUUUACCUGAAUAGAUCAGUUCCAAUUCAGGUUUUUCAAUAAUCACUGCUUCCGCGAAAUUCCAUCAAUCCACUACCGACAGCAUUUUGACUGCUAAUUUUCGUUCUAGUCAGUGAAAGCGGCCGCCUAGAAGUGCUCUGGUUAAUCAAAAUAAUCUGCAAUUGUGCAAACACGUAAGUCGGUGAAAAUUCCGUCUAAUCGGCGCAUUCAAUGGGUAAACUUUUCUUCUGAAGUGUUUCAUUUAUGCCCAGUACUACGCCAAAUCGGACUAAAUCUAGUAUAAAAGGCUUCUGUGCUGAUUUAGACUCAAGAUUAACUCUCACGGGCGAUUAGGAAGGAUUUUCAUGGUAUAUGUACAGUUUAGGUGUUUUUCUGGUUUCCAUAUUAGCGUGACUGAUAAUUUAGCCAAAAAUAUGUAACUCAAGCAGCCCGUUGGCUACUUGCCAUAUUUAUUCCAGUGAUAUUGUCAUGUGUUGCAUGCGCAUUAAUUUUUUGUUUGUUAUUUAGUUUUAUUCCGUUCUAAGUCACAGAUUAAUUUAUAGUAUAGACAAUUUAAUCAAAGAAUUUUCUAACGUUCUGAUGGAAAUAAAUGUUUUCAAAAUACAUCAUCGCAAACACCCCUGGGGAACGUUAGAAAAUGUAUGGCAAUUUAGCUUGAUGUUAUCAGUGUCUAAUGGCACAUACAAAUCUAUUUUUCAAUGUUUUGUGUACCUAAUAGACGAUAUAUUCGUA